GUUUCUCUUUCGAUUUCGGUACACUAACCUUUGGACCCAAUAUUUUUAACUGGGUGUGGGGUAUAUAGAACGCAGAUAAAAUAAUUUUACACUUUUGUAGAGUUCAUGCUCACGAGAUCAGCAAAAGAAACAAUGUUUGUUAUAAAAAGUGUUGAAAGGUUAAUAUUCCGUGCGAAGCCGGGUGCUAGGUGUUUUUCGACUGUUGACAGUUCAAAGGAAAACCCUAUUGUAACUGUAAAGCAAGGGAAAUUGAAGGGAGCAGUCAAGAAGUGUCUGGAUGGAUCUCCGUACUACAGCUUCAAAGGCAUUCGCUAUGGCCAACCACCCAUUGGAGAGUUGCGCUUUAAGGCGCCAUUACCAGUGCAGCCAUGGACGGGUAUACGCGACGCAAUCGAGCAUGGCCCAGUCUGCCCUCAAUUUGACAUGAGCAUUGUAGAUUUCGUAGAAGGAAAUGAAGACUGCCUCAGUUUGAACGUGUACACAAAAUCGUUAUUACCCAGCUCCAAAUUACCUGUGAUGGUCUACAUUCACGGAGGCGCUUUCUUGUCAGGUUCUGGUAAUUCUGAUGCUUAUGGCCCUGAGUUUUUCUUCCAACACGAUGUGAUCCUAGUAACAAUAAACUACCGGUUGGAGUUACUAGGUUUUCUCAGUCUAGACACCCCUGAAGUACCGGGCAAUGCUGGCAUGAAGGAUCAAGUUCUAGCUUUGCGUUGGAUCAAAGAGAACAUCAGUACUUUUGGAGGGGAUCCUAACAAUAUCACUUUAUUUGGAGAGAGUGCUGGUGCCGCUUGCGCUACCCUGCAUAUGCUCUCGCCGAUGUCACAAGGGCUCUUUGACAAGGUUAUUACGCAAAGCGGGAAUUGUUUGUCGUACUGGUCUAUUUUCCACGAGCCAGUGGCACGCGCUUUCAGAGCAGCGAAAGCAUUAGGUAAAGAGACAAAUGAUGUCAAUGAAUGUCUAAAUUACCUGAGAGGAUUCCCUGCUAUAGAAUUAGCCAGGCUCUCAAUACAAACGAGAACACCGGACGAGAAGUACCGAGGGUUACCUAUUUACUUUACACCAACAAUAGAGAAAAAGUUCGAGGGCCAGGAACAGUUCCUAACGGAAAACCCAUUAGACCUCUUGUUAGCUGGGAAAAUAAGCAAAGUACCCAUGAUAAUUGGUUACAAUUCCGCGGAAGGCCUGUUGAUGGUCAAUGACCAUGUAAAGAAGAUAAAGACCUUGAAUGAGAAGCCAUCGUACUUUGUUCCCAGAGAUGUAGCUACGAAGGUAUCUAAAGAAACAUUAGAAGAAUUAGGACAGCGAAUAAAGAAGUUUUAUUUUGGUGACAAAGAUAUGACCACAGAUGACAGUCAAGCCAUUGUAGAUCUGCAAACGGAUAUAAACUUUACAUACCAAAUUAACAGAUUUGUACAUUUUUAUCAAAAGUUUGCUCCAAUCUACUUGUACAAGUUCGAAUAUUGUACAGAGUUAAACUUUUUGAAAAAUGUUUUCGGAUUGGAUAACGUUAAGGGCAGCUGUCACGCCGACGAUCUCUUUUAUCUAUUUCAUAGUGAAGUAAGCAGAAGUUUGUACGAUGAAAAUGAAAAACUGAAAAAGAUAAUAUACCAAAUGACCAAGUUUUGGGCAGAUUUUGCAAAGACUGGUAAUCCAACACCUACCAAAGAGGUCGUAGAAUGGUUGCCGUGCUCACCAUCUAACAAAGAAUAUUUAAUACUAGACGAGGAAUUAAAACUAUCAAAUAAUUUAGAUAAGGAAAGAGUCGAGUUCUGGAACAAAAUUUACGCUGAUGUCGGUAUGCCGUCUAUUACUAAGUCUAAUUUAUAAUAGGACAUUAAGAAAGUCUUCUAAAUGAAGAUUUUUCGGUUGUGAAGUAUUUUUUAUAACUAAUUUAGUAAUAAUAAUAAAUAACCUCCAAGUAUUUUGCUUCAAAACGUAUAGUUUUAUAGGCAAAGAUAUUCCAGUAAAGAGAAUGUAACUUGGUAACAUAUUAAUUGUAAUUGUCAAGAUGUUUAACAUCAAACAUAGUCAAUAUUGAGACUUAAACUUUGUAAUAAGCCUUUAACUGCAAAAAAAA